ACGAUCCCUCGGCCCCCUCCAAAACCCCACGCGUCAGUCGGAGCCGGUCAAUAAAGGAGAAGGCGGACUCCACUGCGACCCUGCGAGAGAAACUGAUAGAGAGCGACAGAGAUCGAGGGAGGCGUGUCGAGUGCGACGAGGAGAGCGGGAGGUUGGUAGUUUCUUUCCAGCUCGAUCUCGAGCGGUAAACCUUGGUGCUAUAGUUGGCGUUGGUUGGAGCGGUAUCUUGAUUCUCGUUGCCGAUCAAAGGCACUCCUUCGAUGGCUCCAGCCAGGGUGGCUGGAGGUGGAGGCCCGUCACAAUCUUCAUCUGCUUCAGGCGUUUUCUUCCAAGGUGAUGGCCAGAGUCCUGCCACAGGAAACUCUUCGGGGAAUGGGCAGUCUGGCCUGGGACCUUGUUCCCGCGAAAUGAACUGCAGAGCCCUGAAUAGUGGAACAAAUUCCUCUGGGCCUAGUAUUGGUGCGAGCUCACUGGUUACAGAUGCCAAUUCGGCACUUUCUGGACGACCCCGAUUGCAGAGAAGCACCAGUAUCAACAAUGAGUCAUGCGCACAGCUUCCAUCUUCGCCCAUGUCUUUCUCCUCCAAUGUUAUCUUGGGUUCCUCAAUGGUGGAUGGCUCCUCCCUCAAGAGACAGAGCCAGCACCAACACCAAGAGCAGGGACUGGUGCAAGGGGCUUCCAGUGCUCCACUGCAGUCCCCAAUGGCACAGGAGCUGGACAUUCCAUUGCAUGCCCAAAAGAAAUCAAGGCUUGACAUCAUGCAGCCGGAGGAUAUCCUGCAGAUGUUGCAGAGGCAGGAGACAUUGCAGAUUCAGGGGCGCCAGAAUCCACAAUUGCAGGCUAGGAUCCAACAACAAAGAUUAUCACACCAGCCUCAGCUGCAGCACAUGUUGCAGUCCUUGCCACAGAUGCAGCGUAUCCAGCUGAAGCCACAACUCCAGCAAGUGAGACACAGCCAACUCCAGCAUCAGGCUGUGCAGGCAGCGCUCCCUAUGAGACGCCCUUCAGAUUGUGGGAUAUGUACUCGGCGGCUUAUGCAAUACAUGUAUCACCAGCGACAUCGACCACCCGAUAAUUGUAUAGCAUACUGGAGGAAAUUUGUGCUUGAGUAUUUUGCACCACGAGCUAAGAAAAGGUGGUGUUUAGCAUCAUAUGGAAAUGCUGGCAACCAUGCCUCUGGUGUUUUCCCUCAAGCAGCUAAGGAUUCAUGGCAGUGUGGUAUCUGUGGUUCUAAAUCUGGAAAAGGAUUUGAGGCUACAUUUGAAGUACUUCCUCGGCUAUUUCAGAUCGAAUUUGACAGUGGGCUUACCGAUGAGUUUUUAUUUCUUGACAUGCCCCGCGAAUUCUGGCUUCCUACAGGAAUGAUGGUGUUGGACUAUGCAAAAGCUGUUCAAGAAAGUGUCUAUGAACAAGUUCGUGUUGUUCAUGAGGGUCAAAUGCGAAUCAUAUUCAUGCCAGAUUUAAAGAUAGUGUCUUGGGAGUUUUGUGCUCGACGUCAUGAAGAAUUUUUACUUCGUCGAUUAAUAGUACCUCAGGUUAACCAGUUAUUACAAGCUGCUCCAAUCUUUCAAGCUGCAGUAAGUGAAAGUGGAUCAACUGGGGCCUCCCCACAAGAUCUAAAGUCUAACUUGAACAUGUUUGUUCAUGCUGGUCGUCAGCUAGCAAAAAUCCUAGAUCUACGGUCAUUAAAUGACAUGGGAUUUUCCAAAAGAUACAUGCGGUGUGUACAGAUAUCAGAGGUUGUAAAUAGCAUGAAAGAUUUGAUCGAUUUUAGCUCUGAGCACAACAUUGGACCCAUAGAGAGCCUGAAGAAGUACUCUGAGCAAGCUGCAGCUAAGCGUCAGACCAACAAGACACUUGAGGUUGAUCAGCUGAUGACUUCUCAGGGCCAACAAGGUGAUCACAACACAUUUAAUAAAAUUAAAGUUGCGCAUCCAGGGUUAAGCAGCCAGACAAACAGUUACUGUGCUGCUACUGGAAUCCUGAAUAACACUGCUCAGAAUGCAAUGGCAUUGAAUAACUACCAGUACUUACUGAGGACCUCUGCAAAUCAAAAUCAGGAAGUACUGCAAGGAGACAAGUUACGUACCUUUGUUGGUCCUAGUCAGGGACGGUCUAUGCCUUUACAGGGUCCUGUUUCAUCAACUCUUUCAGGGCCAUCUGUUAGUGGUUCAUUGAACCCUCAGCAGCAGCAACAACUGCAAUUGCAUAACAGUACUAUGCAGUCUUCACAAUCAAAUGAGCAGGAACAUGCAAUUCAGCAACUACUGCAAGAAAUGAUGAAUAAUGACAGCGGGGUGCCACAGCAGGCUGUCUGUACACCAAGUGUGACUGGUAACAUGGCAGCAGAGGCUUUUGGUAGUGGAAUUGGCUGUGCUGUAGGCUUGGCAACGAGGACUAGUGCUGGACCAGUCAGGAAUGGAGUGUCAUUGGGAAAUAACAUAAAUUAUGCAUCAAAUAAUGUUACGGGGACGAUAAACAGGACCGACAGCUCCAGAUCUACUGCCAACAACGGUAUUAAUCCUGGUCAGGUUGUGCCUCAAAAUGUUUGUCUACCUGAACUUGAUCAGGACAUUAUUUCUCAGGUUGUGAAUAAUGGGAUCUUAAACGGGGAGCCUAGGGACGUGGGUAAGGGAUGGAAGAUGUGAAAAUAACCAUAAAACAAGUAGUUGGCACAUCAUGAGGCAUACGGUUAUUACCACACAACGUUGGGAUGUGUUUCGUUUACAAAAUGUUGCUGCUCCAGUUCGGAAGUACGGAAGCUGGCAGUUUUCAGGCAUGCCAUAUCUAACUUAAGUUACAUACUUCUGAAUAUCAGCAAUUCUGUGUCUUAUUAUCUUGGAUAUGUUACAGAAUCUUGACUUCUCUGAAAUGAUUAUAAUAGAGACCUGGUGGCAAACCAACAUUAACUCCAAAUUCUCUGACUUCUCUUAUGUGAUUAUGAUAGUAUGUACAGUCAAACCUAUCAAGUGUUAACCAACUAUAGUGAUGGU